AUGCCCUCCUCUAGCGACUACCUACACCCUCUGGACGGACCAUCUGGCCCUGGAGAGUUCUCGGGCUCGGAGGACGACGACUUGGACCUGGAAGAACUCGACCCUAACACAACAACGGCGGGCCUACCUUCGCGACCAUCCCGAGACUAUCACGGACGCAAACGAAGCUACGGACCCGGGAUUGCUCUCCGCAACCUGCGGGUGGGGAUGGGAAGUCGAAAUUGGAGACGCAGUCUGUCCGGCCGGAGGGAAUCAGGAGAAGACACAAGCGCGUUGCUGGAUAACGUGGAAGACGACGAGCUACGACAAUCACACGGCAGCUCGCGCAACUUGAACGACGACGAUAGCCCUCUUCUCGACCGCAGAAGCUCGGUGCGUUUCUUCAAUGACGAUGAGUCGACCAAGGUCAGCCGAUUACGUUUCCCUAGCAAUUUAUUGUCCGGUGCAACGAACCGGUUACGACGAAACGUCCGCGACACCUCAGACAAGCCUCCGCGAGAGGUCCUCGUCGGUCAAUACCAAUCCGCAAAAUACCCCCCAAACGUUGUCUCGAAUGCAAAGUAUACCCCCUGGAGCUUCUUGCCGCGAACACUCUACAACGAGUUCUCCUUCUUUUUCAACAUCUACUUCCUUCUCGUCGCCUUGUCGCAGAUUCUCCCCAUGCUGCGCAUUGGCUACAUGUCUACCUAUAUUGCGCCUUUGGCGUUUGUGGUUUCGAUAUCAUUAGGCAAGGAGGCUCUGGAUGACAUUGCGCGGCGGCGGCGUGACGCAGAGGCGAAUGCGGAGGAGUUCUGUGUUUUGUCACUCGAUAGAUCCAACGUGAUGGAGAUCGUCAAGCGAUCUCGAGAUCUGAAAGUUGGUGAUAUCCUGAAGGUCCGGAAAAAAUCAGCGCCUCCCGGCCGACGUGACUCCACAGCGGGUGAAGGUGCGCCCAGAACCUCAGCUGAUCUGCUCGAAUCGAAUCAAGGACCGUCCGAACCAGCUCCGGAGGAAGGUUUGAGUACUGAUGAUUCGUCUGCCAGCGACACUUUUAUUCGAACCGAUCAGCUGGACGGUGAAACGGAUUGGAAGCUCCGUUUCCCUUCGGUCUUGUCUCAAAGUCUUCCUCUGGCCGAUUUUACCCGACUAAAGGUCACCGCAAGUACUCCCGACCAGAGAGUCAACGAAUUCGCAGGCGCCAUUGAGUUGGGACCACCGGCAGGUCUCUAUGAUGCUCACAUCAACAAGUCGCCCGGUCUACAAGCCGAGGAUGGAAGGAAUCAGGACAGUGAAAAUGGAACCAGCAACUCUGCUCCACUGACAAUCGAUAACACCGCCUGGGCCAAUACGGUUCUUGCGUCAAACACCACUACUUACGCCGCCAUCAUCUACACUGGAUCCCAAACACGAGCUGCCUUAUCUACCUCACCUUCACGGUCAAAGGUUGGCUUACUGGAAUACGAAAUCAACAACUUGACGAAAAUCCUUUGUGUCUUGACGCUCACUUUGUCGAUUGUACUGGUUGCAUUAGAAGGGUUCCAGCCGACGAAUGACAAAGAGUGGUACGUUGCGAUCAUGAUUUACCUUAUUCUCUUCUCGACCAUCAUUCCCAUGAGUCUGCGCGUCAAUCUCGAUAUGGCCAAAUCUGUGUACGGUCGAUUCAUUGAGCGAGACCAAGAUAUUCCAGGGACGGUGGUCCGGACAAGUACGAUCCCGGAAGAUUUGGGGAGAAUUGAGUACCUUCUGUCGGACAAGACUGGGACCCUGACCCAGAACGAAAUGGAGCUAAAGAAGAUCCACGUGGGCACGGUCUCGUAUGCCAACGAAGCUAUGGACGAAGUAGGAUCGUUCAUCCGUCAAGGGUUUGCAGGCAACACCUUGACUACUCCUUCGACUGUAUUUGGAACCCAAGCUGGACUCGGGACAGCACCGCGGACCAGAAGAGAGAUUGGUUCUCGGGUCCGAGACAUCGUCUUGGCACUUGCUCUUUGCCAUAACGUCACACCAACCACCGAGGAGGAGGAUGGGCAGAAAGUUACGACUUAUCAGGCAUCAUCUCCGGAUGAGAUUGCGAUUGUUCGGUAUGCCGAAGAAGUUGGGUUGAAGCUGUCAUACCGGGACCGACAUAGCGUGGUUCUCGAGUCCACCGAGUCCAAGCAAGUUGUUGUGCGCGUUCGUAUCCUUGAUAUCUUCCCGUUCACUUCCGACAGCAAGCGCAUGGGUAUUAUCGUCCAGUUCCAACAUGAUGAAAACGUUCUUGAUUCCCCCGGCCAAGCCGACAGCGAAAUCUGGUUCUACCAAAAGGGUGCUGAUACUGUCAUGUCAACGAUCGUUGCGACCAAUGACUGGCUCGAUGAAGAGACGGCAAACAUGGCACGCGAAGGUUUGCGGACUUUAGUGGUUGGACGGAAACGGCUCUCUUUGCAACAGUAUCAAGAAUUUUCGGCCAAAUACAAGCAGGCGUCUAUGUCUUUACAAGGGCGGGAUGUUAGCAUGGCCAAGGUAGUGACUGAAUACCUGGAGCGAGAUCUGGAGCUGCUCGGUGUCACUGGUGUUGAGGAUCGGCUGCAGCGGGACGUCAAAUCGUCACUGGAAUUGAUGCGCAAUGCAGGGGUGAAGAUCUGGAUGUUGACUGGAGACAAGGUCGAGACCGCGCGAUGUGUUGCCAUCUCUGCCAAGCUGGUAUCCCGAGGGCAAUACAUCCACACUGUCUCCAAAGUGACGGACAAGUCAACCGCUCAGGAAGCAUUGGACUUCUUGCGCAAUAAGACCGACUGCUGUCUCCUGAUCGAUGGCGAGUCUCUGGCGCUCAUGCUGAGCCAGUUCCGGACAGGAUUCAUCUCAGUUGCAGUGCUCCUACCAGCUGUUAUUGCCUGCCGAUGCUCACCGACGCAAAAGGCUGAGAUUGCCGAAUUAAUCCGCCAGCACACGAAAAAGCGAGUGUGCUGUAUUGGAGAUGGCGGCAACGACGUCUCCAUGAUCCAGGCGGCAGAUGUGGGAAUCGGUAUUGUGGGCAAAGAAGGCCGCCAGGCUUCGCUGGCAGCUGACUUCAGCAUCACACAAUUCCACCAUCUCACCAAGCUCCUGGUCUGGCACGGACGGAACUCUUACAAGCGUUCCGCGAAGCUAGCGCAGUUCAUCAUGCACCGCGGCCUGAUCAUCAGUGCCUGCCAGACAAUGUACAGCAUUGCCAGCCAUUUCGACCCCAAGGGCCUGUUCAUCAACUGGCUCAUGGUCGGCUACGCUACUGUCUACACCAACGCUCCCGUCUUCUCUCUUGUCUGGGAUCGUGACGUCGAUGAGCGACUAGCAAAUCUCUAUCCGGAAUUGUACAGAGAAUUAAAGACGGGACGCAGCCUCAGUUACCGGUCAUUCUUCACCUGGGUGCUGAUUUCGGUGUACCAAGGCGCAGUGAUCCAAGGCUUGUCUCAGAUCUUGCUCGACAAGAUCACCGGCCCGCGCCUGAUCAGCAUCUCAUUCACGGCGCUCGUGCUCAAUGAACUGGGUAUGGUGGCUAUCGCGAUCACAACCUGGCACCCAAUCAUGAUCGUCUGUCUGAUCGGCACGCUAUUGGUAUUCGCAGGCAGUGUACCCUUCCUGGGCGAGUAUUUCGACCUUCGCUACGUGAUCACGAUCGACUGGGUCUGGCGCGUCGCGGCCGUGGUGGCUGUAGCACUCAUCCCUGUGUGGGCUGGGAAGCUGAUCAAGCAGUCCUGGAAACCGCCGAGCUACCGAAAGGUCCGGGGUUGA